UUAACAUAUUUGCGGAAUCGACCUCAAAGACUCUUCUUUUUCUUAUCGAUUGAUUGAUCGAACUCCGACGCUGGAGAAAGAACAACAAUGGCGGACGAGGAAGAGAGAGUUCUAGAGAACCAGCUAGAGCUUCAGUUGAAAGAGCAAAGAGACUCACUUUCUGCCUUAAACGAUGCUCUCGCUUCUGACCCCUCCGAUCCCGAGCUUCUCGCCGUUCACGAGGAGCUUGUUGUGGCAAUCAAAGAGGCAGAGGAGGGGCUUCUGAAUCUCAAGCGUGCACGUUUACUUCGAGAAGCUGAUUUAGCGUUUAAUGUUUCAAAGCAAGCCGACGAAGAGGUUAAGGCGGAGGCUCUUGAGCCGAGUGAUGUAGAAGUGGAACCACUGGAGGAGGAGAAGGAACGAAAUUACCGGGUCGGGUCGAAAUGUCGAUUUCGUUACAAUGACGGGCGGUGGUAUGACGGUCAAGUUGUUGCAUUGAACGGUUCUGAUUCUGCAAAGAUUUCUUUCCUCACACCCACUUCAGAAAAUAUGUUGAUAUGCAAGUUCUUUCUGCAACAACGAUGUCGAUUUGGUGCUAAUUGCCGCUUAUCGCAUGGAGUUGAUGUCCCAUUAUCUUUGCUGAAGAAGUAUGCCCCAACCAUGUGGGAGCCGUCGAUGGUUGGGUCCAGUAUUUGGGCACUCUCUGAUAGUAAAGUUGGCAUCUGGAGGGAAGCUGAACUUGAAUCAUGGAAUGAUCUACUCAGAAUGGGAAAGGUUGUUUUCCGGGAUAAUGGAAGCUCUGCAGAGCUUGGGGUAGAAGCUCUGAUGUUGUCUGAGUUUGCACAAAUGACUGAUGAAGAAGAAAGUGAACUAAGCUCUGAAGAAUCUGAUUCUAGUGACUAUGAAGAGGAGAGCCCGGGGGGUUUAGGUUUUCUUGAAAGCACUGCUCUACAGAGAGGUAUCCAGACAGAAACUACCAUCUUUGCUAAGUGGGAAAAUCAUACCAGGGGUGUAGCUUCGAAGAUGAUGGCCAAUAUGGGUUAUCGUGAGGGGAUGGGUUUAGGCGCAUCUGGGCAGGGAAUGUUGGACCCAAUCUCUGUUAAAGUCCUUCCUGCUAAGCUAUGUCUUGAUCAUGCACUGGAGUCUCAUGAAAGUGACGAGAGUAAAGAGAAACGAGGGAAGAAAAGAAGCAGGGGUGGCAAGAGAAAGCGUGAGAAGAAGUUCGCCGAAGCAGCUCGAGCUGCAAAAGAUGAAGAGGAAUCGAGACCAGAUGUUUUUAGUCUUAUCAAUAACCAACUCGCAAUGCAUAAUGAUGCGGUAAAUGCUGCGUCAACAAAGAAACAGCAAAAUAAAGGCUCCGGAGAGGAGAAGAAAGUUGAUAGGAAGGCAUUGGUUGCUUACGAUGAUGAGGUGAAGGAACUAAGGUUACGUGUUGCAAAGCUUGAGGAAAUGGUGAGCAGGAACAGAAAGGAAAAAGCUGUUUAUGAGGCUGCCACAAGGAAGUUAAAUGAGACUCGCAAGGCACUCGCAGACGCUGAAGCAGUUCAUGCAUCCGCAUCAAAUGCAGUUGUUAGCAAAGAAAAAGAGAAGAAGUGGCUAAAGUUUUGAUAUGUAAUAUCCUUACAUUGUUAUAUACUUACAACUAUCCAUGGUUUGGUGAUAGAUUUUACACAACACAAAAAAAAAAAAAGAAAACCGUUGUUUCUCCUUUGCAGUUUGCAUGAA